AUGAGUAAACUUCCAAGUCCAUGCAAUGCCAAAGUUUGCCAUCUUCAUAUAUUCUUCAAUCUUCAUGCCCCUUCAACCGAACAGCCAACAUGUCCAGUUUACCUUGAGCGAUUAGAUCAAGACACAAGUGGAAUUCUUACAACCAUAUGCAAUCAUUCUUUCCAUUGUUCCUGUAUUUCAAAAUGGGCAGAUUCUUCUUGUCCGCAUCGAGUCUUGCCUACUUGGAAGAUGUUUUGUGGAAACAAUCGUUCUUCUAUUAAACAAGUAAACAUUGAUGCGGAAAUGUUGGAAUAUUACUCGGAGCCUCCUGCUGUUUUACUUAGCUGGCUGCAAGAACUCGCUAAUGUCAAAUCAUUGACAGUCUCUGCAAGUACUCUUCAGGAUUUGAACCAUCCUCACCCAUUCCCGAUGGAAUAA